AUGUCCCUCUGGACAAUCAGCCUCGUCACGCAGAUCCUGUGCCUGGCGCUGGUAACGGCGUUUGUCGCGCUACGGGGGGUUGUCGCGUGGCGGUUCAAGAAGGGGGUUGAUGUUGAGGAUGACAUCUUCAACAACGGCGCCGAACCCCCCUCAACCCUCACCACCUCGGAAGCGACACUCGUCUACAAGAUAUUCUACACCCUAACAAUCCUCUACCUCCCCAUGACCCUCCUCGCCAAACUAACCCUCCUCACCAUCCUGGCCCGCCUCUUCAUCCUACGCCGCGGCCAGAUCCUCACCGUGUACCUAACCAUCAUCAUCACAACGCUCUACUACAUCACCAUCUUCUUCGUAAAAAUCUUCAUCUGCAAUCCCGUCUCCACAUUCUGGACCUCGCCCAACGAUCCACACAACCCUAAUUGUCUAUCCGAAGGGGCGGUGUUUCUCGCCGACGCGAUCAUGAGCGUCAUCACGGACUUGGCUAUUUUGUUGUUGCCGAUUGGGUUGAUGUUUCCACUGCGAUUAGCUGUGGUGAAGAAGGUGAAGGUGGGGGCGAUGCUUGGGUGUGGUGGGUUGGCUGUUGGGUUUAGUAUUUAUCGGGUUGUGUUGGUGGUGGGGGAGGGGGAGCGGGGGUUGGGUGAUAGUCAGGUUUAUGCGAGGGUGUUGCUUUCUGGGAAUGCGGAAGGAGGAUUCGGGUUGAUCUGUAGUUGUAUACCGGCGCUGCAUAUUCUCGUGUCGAGGGUGAAGGGGAAGAUGAGGAAAGGGUCGACGAGUACGGGGAAGGGAUCUUCGACUGCUUCUGGGGAUGGGAGUGGGGGGAAGAAGAGGGACCAGGGGACUUCGAGUACUAGUGGGGGCACUGCUGCGCCUAUUGUCAUUACGAGUUCGCCGGAGGAUGUACUUCAUGAUCCUGGGGGGUUGCUUGCUUCGCUUGAUGAUGAUGUGUAUGAUCAUGAUGAAGAGGAGGGACGGGGUGAGAAGAGUGACAAUAGGGAGGAAGGGUAG